AUGGAAGACUUUGUACCAUCGUUGAAUAGUUUAGUCAAGUAUUCAACCCCUGUUUUGGUAUCUGUAGCUGGAAAAAACACAGGUAUGAAUUAUUAAAGAACAAAUAGGGGAAAAAAAGGAUGCCUAAGCAAAGCAAUAAGUCAGAGUUAAUAGUCCUGGGAGAGUACAAAUUUAAAAAAAUUAUGACAGCAAGAGAAAAUGAUAACCUAAGAAAUUUUACAAUAAAAUCUACCACCUAAAGAAUACAGAUUGAAAAAUGGUCAAUUAUGGGUGCAAACUGUUUUAUCCACACCUGCUACCAGAAUUGAAGUUGUUCAAUUAUAAUAAGAAUUGGAUAAAAGAUUAUUAUCAAGAGGAGCCAGAGAAACUGGAAUUUGUCCAAUAAGAGAAGAAUUAUACGAAUAAUGCUUUGAUGAAUUGAUUCGCUAAAUUACAAUUGAUUGCAGUUAAAGAGGGUUACUAUUAGUGAAGUAUUAAUUUAAAUUUAGUUGUUUUGAGUACGAAAUGAAUUCCGUAAUUAAUUGAAUUCAUAUAAAACUUUAUAUGAAAGUUCAAUUGCAUAU